AUGACGGUUUUAGUCCGUCGUCCAUCCUUACACUCUCUCAAUAUACUCACCUUAUCCCUAUCUACAAUGCCUUCCGAACGUCUAUCCAAAGCCGGUCUGGAAAAGCUGCAGGCCGCUUCUAAUACUCCAAAUAAGACUGCCCAUGAUCUGGAGCAGGUUAAGGGAAAGGUAUACGCCAUUGCUUGGAGUCUUAGCAGGGUCGGAAAAGUAGGCCAUCAGAUCCUCCUUGACGAGCGACUUUCUAUCGCUGGCCCCAACGACGUUCGUUCACUUUCCGAUCAAAUAACGAGAUCCGAUUCGGACGACCUUAUAUUCUGGAAGGCGAAACUCAGAUGUUUAGAGAAGCACCAGGGCACGAUUCAGAUCGAACGAGUGAAGGGAUGGGUCUACACGGCAAUGGUUGGUCUUGGGCGGAUGGGAAAGGAUGGUCGCAGUGUCCUCCGAACAUCAGGACUGUGCCUUCAAGAUGGCGUUGUACGCUGUCACACACGAUCCGGAGAACCUGAGUUCGGUGACCGCUUUGCCUUUUGGGAGGAAAGGCUCCGAUACCUUAAGAACGAACAUACAUCGCUCCAACGGCCGACCGCAAACCAAGCGAUGUACGAGUUCCUGUCCUCAGACUCUGAAGUCGAGGAAGAUAACGCUGAACUCGCGCUGGUCGAACAACACGUGUAUGGCUGGAAUGACAGGAUGGAGGGCAUCGCUGCUUGGGCUGAGACUGGGGCAGAAGCUUUGCGGCCGUCUCGUGACGAUCCUAACUUACGUGCUACCUCGGUAGAGUUUGAAGAAACUGCGACCAUGAAAUUUGGGCAAUGUACGAAUAGGAAACGCCCAGCAAGCAACAUGAACGACGACUUCGAUCUAGGGACUAAACCCAAACGACAAAAACGAAGUAAGCCUAGCUCUGCGUCGUUCUCAGAUGUGCAGCCAACACCACAAAUAUUUGAAUUCCCGAGCACAGAUGGACCAGAGUGGGCACAAAAGGGGCAACGAGACGAACCUGAGAUUACAGCACUCCCGCAUGGACAGUCAACAACGAAAUGUGCAAGAUCUUCGACAAUAAGUGGGAUGGUACGGGCAAGUCAGCGGAAGCGAGUAGUUGCUACCGAUCGUGUCACUGCGAAAGCACAGCGUAACGAGUUGUCAAGCCCGGGCAAGCCGGCGCGAGCUAGGAAGCGGCAACGGCAGACUCCACUAGCAGAAAUUGGGCCACGUAAAACUAAUCCCGGACGUAGGGCCAAACAAGUCAUCAGCCCUGCUCCCAGGAGGAGUGCGCGAUUGGCAGCUUUGAGAUUGAGAAACACCGUUUAAUCGCGCAAACGAGAAACAGUGCCUAUAUGUGUCUGUGUAUUAUGUUUCUCAGUAUGGCUCCUCUAUAAUAAUCUCUUCACU